ACGAGAAAACUCCCGCCCGCGGAGAAAAGGCUCACAUUCUGGCGGGAACUCCCAGCAUUCCCCUUACCUCCACUUCUUAGACUCCGCCCACCUUCAGCGAGCCAAUCACGAGGCGGUGAACCCGCUCCUAUCUCAUUGGGCCGUGAAUGAUGUGACUGAAGCAUAAAGCUCAUAGAAGGAGUGGCAUGUCUACCAGAGUAUGUCUCUUGAAUGUGGAAUAAUCAUUUAUUGCCAGCAAAGGUGUUGCCAAGGCACAAACAGUUGUCCACCGAUUGCAAGUUGAGUGCUGAGCUAUUUGUUGUGAAUAAACAGAUAGAUGUGAGUUUAACGGAUACUAAACCCUUCCUGAUGGCCGAACAGAAGAUUAGAGACGUACUAGAGAGAACUAAAAAGGCUAUUAUCAGUACUGAAGAUCGAACCCAUCAGAGGGCUCUAGAUCAUACUGCCAACAAGAUCAGAUCAUCUUCUUUCUCACCAUCCCUAAGUACUGGUGAUCUUAAAAAGCGAGCAUGUGAACAGAAAAAGACAACAGUUGCACAAAAAGGAAGUAAAUCGCUUACACCCAAUACUAGGCAAAAUAAAACUAAAGUGAGAACAAAAGGAAAUGAUGAGGAAAGUAAAAAGAAACCGAAUCAUUUUGGCACCUCCAUUUCUAAUGAAGCUCUGGAAACUUCAGACUCUGACACCAGAGUUGCACCAAGGAAACAUAGCACUGUACAAAAGAACAAAAAAAGUCCACUAAACAAAAGGCAAGACGAAGCUUUGUGCGGAAAAAAAACUGUCUGUGAUGAUGUAUCUACCACAAUUGAUCAAAAAUCUAAAAAAGGUUCAGUGGGCAAAUCUAAGGGGUUGGAUUCUCCAACCGUGCACACUCAAAAAAAAGAACAGAAAGGGACUAAGCAGCGCCCUGUACAACGCAGACUACGUCUUUCAAGAAAAAGACUUCAACAGACCAAUACAGAUUUGGAGGCGGAGUCUUCAGAAACUGACACUGAGAAAGGAAAUGGCCAUAGAGUGGACAAAUAUAUGAAGCAUCACAUGCCAGACUUCGAAGAGGAAAAAGGUUUAUCAUCUUCUGAGCUCUCUAUGGAAAUAAGCUCUCCUGAAUGUACAGCUUUGCAUGCAGUAUCUUCAUCACAGGAUGAUACAGAGGAAGAUAUACAACUACCAGUUGUUGUUCUGCAGAAAGAACCAGCUGCGAUUAUACCGGGAUCCUUUGUCUGGUGUAAAUUUCAGCAAUACCCCUACUGGCCAUCAUUGGUAAAACUGGUGAACUCAAAGCACAAGAAGGCAACUAUUCUAUUUUUGGAGGAAUCCAUUUCUGACCCUACAAAGAAAAAGAAGAGUUUUAAAGUUGCACUUCGCUCCUUAAAGCACUAUGACUGUCCAGAGAAGCAGCAGCUUUUGGAAAAUGCUCGCAAAGAUUUUGGCAAGUCCAUUGACUGGUGUAACUCUCUAAUAUCUGACUACAGAAUCCGCUUGGGCUGUGGUUCGUUUUAUGGAUCCUUUAUGGAUUACUGCACUGCAGCUAUAAGUUUACCUGUACGAAGAGAACUGGAAAAUGGCCAAAGAGAAGUAUUUUUCCCUGUAUUACCCUCCGAAGUGACUGAAGAUCAGCAAGAGGAGGUCAGCGUUAAGUCACAGACUCACAGAAAGCUGCUUCCAGACCGAGCACAGGCAGCCAGGAAUCGUGCAAAUGAAAAACUGGUGACAUUCAUCAUAAACAGCAAAGAGGCAGAAAAUCACCUUUUAGACAUCAUAGUUGGAAAAAAAAAGUCACAAUGGUUAAAAAAAUUCCAGUCCUCAAACCGACGGAUGAACUGCCUAGAAACAUAUAUUGAAGAUGAAGAGCAGAUAGAGAUAGUGGUGGGCUACCUGCAGACUGUCUGUGAGAAAAAGAGAAGUGCAACUAAAAAGCUAAUGCUGGGAGAUCAGACCCAGUUCAUCUUUGAGGUUUUGAUCCCUGAGGCUGUCAUCUUUGCAAUUUCUGCCACCGAACAAAUAACCUAUGAAAAAGCGGAAAAGAAAUACUUAAAGGGACCCUCUGUCACUAAAAGGGAACGAAAAAUCUUUGACCAACAGAUUUUGGAAAAUAAAAGAUUAAAGCUGUCUUUAGAGACUAAAACCAAGAGGGAUUCGAAAAAAUAGCUUUGUGAAAUUUGCCUUUGACUUCCGUUCUUCAUAGUCUUGGUUUCGUUUUUACUUGCCAGUAUUGCACUAAUUCCUGCUUGUGUAAUAAUAACCCAAUCUUACCUUGUCUGCACCUAUUAAAAGGGUAACUUUUGUACACUGCAGGCGACUCUAAGCGCCUUGUCCUUUCACCUCUGCUUUGCCUAGCUAAGGCAAGUGUCCUGGAGUCCCACAGAUUUGCAUGUCAAUUCCAUAUACUGCUUGGUUUAGCGGAGAGGAAGUGAAAGGACAUUGCCCUUGGGCCACAUGACAUGUUUAACCCUUUAAAGUUGUUUUGUCCUUUAUUUUACAAUGAAACCUGCCCCAUUGGUUUAACAUGGUUUGGCUCAUUUCUGUAUUUGUGGGUAUCUUUUCAAAAUGAAAGCCAAGCACUGUUUUUUGUUUGUUUUUUUUGUUUUUUUAAUCAGCCUUUUUGCCUAGAUGUUUCAGUUUUAUUUAAGUUCCAUAAUACCAGCUUGUUACUUUAUAUUUUCUUUACCUCUCCAGUGGAAUAACUUAGUAUGCCUGGAACAUGAGGAUGUGCCUUAACUACACACAUGAAAGACAAUACAAUAACCAUUAUAUUCCAUACUUCCUGUGUGCUGGAAAAUACACGUCAUUGUGCUUCAUUGCCACUGACUAGAAUUCAUAUUGUCCAUUAUGAGGAUAAUGAUACUCAGGUAUAGCUUUUACACAUUACCUCCUCUGCUCCAGUUAAUGUCCAGUUUCUUGUUCCUGCUUUGUAAAUUUGUUUCUUUCAAAAAUGUUAUAUUUUUACUUUUUUACCAUUUCAUACACAAUAUAAAUAAAAAAAAAAUAUAUAUAAAAAGUUUGUUACUAAGAAAUAAAUGUUUAUAUGCAUC